GCAUGGCCCUUGGAGGCACUAUAAAAGGAAGCAAGUGGAGUGCAAGACCAGCUGCUUGCUUUCUCUCUCUCAUCUCAGUAAUCUCAACCAAGGAGCAAAAUGGCGGAUACAACCACAGCCGGAGGUAUCAAGGCCAGCUGCAACGAUAGUUGCGGCUGCCCAAAUCCCUGUACCGGUGGGGUCACUUGCAGGUGUACCAACACUACCGAGGCCACGAGCGGGGGCGGGGAUCACAUGACGUGCUCGUGCGGAGAGCACUGUGGCUGCAACCCGUGCACUUGCGCUAAGAGCGUCAUCAGCACCAAGACCGGGAAGGCCUACUGCAAGUGCGGCGAGGGUUGCGCAUGUGUGUCAUGCGCUGCUUAAUUAAGGGGAAAUAGGAAAAAGUUUAAUUAACUUGCACAGCUGAAGUUUCCAUCACCACUGUGAUGCUAUAGUAUCAUGUAAUCAAAAGUAGUCUAAGACUUUCUGGCUCUAUGUAAGGACUAUGGUUUGUCUUCUGUCUUGUAGAAAUAUACAUGUAAGUCAAUAAAACUCUUCAGUGUUACAAGUUAUAACUA